AUGAAAUCGAACGAGCGAAAUCCUCUCCAGCGACGACGGUCGUCAACGCAGCACUACCAGACCUUCGACACGCCGCCACCGAAGUCACGUGGAGGAGGACCGACAUCUGAGCAGUCGAACUCCUCGGUCGAUGAUUCGCGGCAUCACGAUCAUGAAGGGUCCAUCUCCCACCACUCAGGCCCAGAGUCCCCGCUCCCGAAGAAGCAGAUGGCGGUGUUGGCGAUGAUAGCGUUGUGCGAGCAGACGGCGUUCAAUUCGAUCAGUCCCUACCUUCCCGAUAUGGUGCUCUCGUUUCCUGAGGUGGAAUUGGGCUCAGUGGGUGUGUAUGUGGGAACGUUGGCCUCUGCUUUCGCGCUGGCGCAGUUCGUGACCAAUUACUUCUGGGGGUGGUUGUCUGAUCGUGUGGGGCGGAAGCCGGUUAUUCUGCUGGGUACUAUCCUGACAGCGGUGUCUUUUCUCGCAUUCGGGUUGUGCAGGACAUUAUGGCAGGCGAUUCUUGUGCAGGCGGUGAUGGGCGCUGUUAAUGGCAAUCAGGGCUUGGUUUCGACCUGCCUGGGUGAGAUCACUGACCGGAGUAACCAGUCGAAGGCGUUCACCUACCUUCCGGUUAUCUAUGGUAUUGGCGGCGUCACGGGCCCCUUGCUGGGUGGUUUAUUGAUUUUCGAGCGGAAUCCGUUUAACAAAAGCGAACCGAACCCUUUUCCGUACCUCAUGCCGAAUUUGAUAUCUGCGAUUGUUUUGUUGGUGGAUUUUAUCCUGUCAAUUUUCUUCUUGGAAGAAAGUCUCGAAGAUGCGGAUGCGUUCCCCAAAUUCCAACGCAAAGUCCGCGCGUUGUUCGCAUGGAUCUGGCAAUACACGAGCUUCGCCAAACGCGCGAGAUUCGUCGAGCCUCCACAUUAUCAACCAGUCCGGAACGAGAGCCAGGACCAUGAUAGCGAGCUCGACUCGGCGUCUGAAGCGCCAGAUGACGAAGACCAUCAGCACGAGCUUAUGCCGUCGGAGCUUUGGAACCGGGAUAUUAUAUUACUACUUGUGUCAUAUCUGAUUUUCGCAUUGUGCAACAUCUCGUUCAAUUCGCUCUUUCCGGUCUUUGCACAGGCCAAGCCGCCAUUGGGCCGUGGACUUACGCCGUCAGAGAUUGGUCUUUCCCAGGGAUUUUCCGGCUUGGUGACCAUCCUAUUCCAGCUUUGUGUGUUUGGGAAAUUGCGGGACAAGAUGGGUAACCGGUCGUCUUAUCGAGCGUCGCUUUUUGGAUUCGCCCUUUCGUUCCUCUUUUUGCCGUUUGUUGGGUAUAAGGGCGAUGAUCCGAAGGGUCAUAUGUCGUCAAAGUCUGUCUGGGUUGCGAUUGAGUUCUGUUUCGUCCUAUUGAUCAAGACUGUCGCUGCUGUUGGCGGUAUCACCAGUUCACUUCUAUUGAUAACAAAUUCCGCACCCAACCACGCCGUCCUCGGCGCAUUGAACGGCCUAGCCCAAACCCUCUCCGCCGCCGGCCGCGCCGUGGGCCCAUUCCUCUCCGGCGGCUUAUUCUCCCUCGGCUCCAAGGUCGUGCCCCAAGGCGUGUAUAUGACCUUUGGCGUGUUUGCUGCCGUGUCGUUCUUGGGGUUUGUUCUGAGUUUCGGUGUUCGGGGCCGCUCUCUAGAGGCAGAGGGGUGGCAUAGUGAUAGCGAUGAUAAUUAUAAGUCGGAUGAUGAGGAGCGGGAUGCAUAG